UGCGAGACUUGCGCGCACAGAGAAGCCAUCAUCGGUUUGUUCUGAAACUGUUGUGAAUUUGAUUGUUUAUUACAUCCUUUAAAGAUGUCUUCUCAAGUUCAGAGUUUGCAGAAACAAUUAACGCAACUUCGACAAGAAGCUAAUGUAAACAGAAUUCCUGUAUCGGAGGCUAUACAAGAUAUACUGAGUUACACAAACCAGCAUGCACAGGAAGAUGCAUUAGUGAUCGGAGUGAACCAGUCAGAAAAUCCAUUCAGGGAGCCUAAACCAUGUUCCAUACUCUAAAAGGUAUCAAGCAGAGGGACUUGUACCAAAUGUCUAUUUUUAGUAACAGUGGGCAGUGUGCAACCUUUCUUAAUGUCCCCAUGUUAUUAUUUGUGUAGACUUAAACCCGUAAUGUUGUAAUAUGUUAUUAUAUUGGUUUGUGAUUAAGAUGUGUAAUGUUUCCUCCUUCAUUUAGAAUUUUACUUGGGUACACUUUCAAACUGGCAUCACAAGGGGGGU